AUGCCGGAGAACCUAGCACGUGUUGUACAGAGCUGUUGGAUGCAGAAUCCAGAGGAGAGACCAGACGCAAUGAACGUGGAAAGCUGUACACAGACCAAGCUUGUAAUUUCGACCUAUGACGCAGCCGACAACGGGCUUGUGUACAUCCAGGGCCAGGGAGACGCCUGCAAGCGUGUGACGUCAUCAGGAAUUGCGUUCUAUGAAUUCGACUUUGAGGAGUGCGGGAUAAAAUGGGAAAUGUUGUUCCGAAUCGUGGUUCAGAAAAGCAGAGGAUACCAGACCGGAGCCGAUAAAGUUAUCCCCAUUUUCUGCGUCGCCGAUACAAGUGACCUUCUGGUUUCCAAUAGCAACAAAGCAGACAAGCAGGAUGAUAGCAGCGUCAAUAUGACUGUUAAACCUUCGGCAGCAAUGAAGUUCUACAAGGUUGUAUCGGACGAAGAAGUCAGUGGGACGGAGGUCAAACUUUCGGAUGUCCUUAUUAUGACGUUGCAGCUUGGUGACGAGUGGACAGGAGACUUUGAUAUCAAGGCCAGAUAUUGCAUUGCAUCUAAGAUUGUCAUCAUCGACGAAUUUUGCGCCACUGACACGGACCUGUUUCCGAACUUCUCGCGUUUCAAGCGCGGUUAUCUCAUGAGCGAGUUCGGGGCCUUCCGGUCCACCAACUUAGAGGGAGGAGCGAUUGAGAUGAACUUUACCUGUGUGCUGCAAGUCUGUAAAGGCGACUGUGAAGAGUCUAACUGCAUGGGCUAUGCCGGUUGGGGACGCAAGAAGCGAUAUGUUACGCCUGUCAACGUGAUAGGAGAAAUCAAUGCAUCGAACAAAGUCCCGAGCAAGAAAGAAAGCGUGGGGUCCAUUGGACAUAACAUUGCCAAAAGACAGACGGAGGAUUUCGAUAUUGACGUCGGGGCUCGAGUUAAAAUUGUGGAGAAAUAUUCCGAAAUCCAAAUCAUCACAGAAGAAACGAUGUGCAUGAAUGGAGCAGUACUCAUCACCACUAUCGUGUUUCUCAGCACGGGGUCAACACCUGCGCGAGACAAGCAGGAUGAUAGCAGCGUGAAUAUGACUGUUAAGCCCUCGGCAGCCAUGAAGUUCUACAAGGUUGUAUCCGACGAAGAAGUCAGUGGAACGGAGGUCAAACUUUCGGAUGUCCUUAUCAUGACGUUUCAGCUUGGUGACGAGUGGACAGGUGCGUACUAA